AUGGCGACCUCGGAACACGUGCGGCAACCCUCGAUCCUCGAGGACUACCAUGUCGGCCAAGUCAUGUCUCUGCGCGUACUCCCCAACAAAGACUUCAACAUCCGUGUGCGCAUCCGGAAGCUCCCAAUUUCACAAACAUUCUCCUGCGGAAUGGUCGUCAGCGUUGUGCAUGAAAACGAACCCGAAACCACCGCCUUCCUGAAGCUGUUCGAUCGGAGAUUUGCGCACAUGCUCCGAUAUAACCUUUCAAUCCCUCCCUGGACCAAAGUCCGAGAAGAGUCGUACAUGGGUCGAAUCCAAUCUAGCGCAUUGGAUCGGUUUCUGCACCCUACCGACGUUGGCCACAUCGAGAAUCAUGGGGACUACGACCCCGCCGAGAGCGAAAUCCUGCUUGCUGAGGAGCUCCUCAAGAUGUACAAGCUGGACGUUGACCUUAACCCUCCCGACGCUGACGGCGAUCACGACAUGUUCCAUGUCAAAGGGAUCCUGCUCGAGUACAUCGAGGGCUUCCCCUUGUCCGAGAUGCGGCAACAUGCCACCGAGUUGGAGUGGCUUGAGAUUGUCCAGAAAGCGAAUGGAAUCAUCCAAACUAUGGGCGGCCACGACGUCCUGCACGGAGACCCGCGCUCGCAGAAUUUCAUUGUCUCAAGAAUGGAGCGUGAGGAUGGCACCAAAGAGUUGCGGGUUUUUUAUCGACCAAGGGACAGAUAA